UAGAUGGCGCUAAUCUAUACUUAAACUAGUUUUUUUUUUUUUUUUUAGUAACAUUCAGUCAGGGGAAGAAAAAAGGGAACCACAGCAGGCGUAGUUGUGUUUCUGCAGUGAUUAAAGUUUUCAGACAGCAGCUAUACACUGACAACAACAGCAUGGGCUCUCUCCCUCUGUGCUCUGUGCGGAUGCUGGUGCCUCCGCUGCGUCUCAUGUCCGCCUUCAUGUGGCGAGUUGUCCAGCAGCAGAACCUGGAGUAUUUUGACAAGCUUGAAGAGUACAUCCUCUGUAUAACAAGAAUGGUCCCUGAUAUUUUGAGCGAAAGACAGAGGAGUGUGCUUAUUAUGGGACUACGAGCAAAGAUGAUUCUUGAAAUGUGUAAAGAUGAGAUCCCGACCGACCUAAAGAGUGUCAGGAUGCGUCUUCACACUGCUGAGUCAUUCAAUAUGUCUAAGAGCACUGGUUCAGAGGUUGAAGUGUUACAGGGCAGAUUGUUAAAGCUGGUCAUAAGCCUUGUUGAGGACCCAGUUAAAAAGGAACAUUUCUUUCAGGAGGUUUUCCCACAUGAGUAUGGUCCUGAAUUUGAUAAAGCACUGCAGGUCCUAGUUGGCCAUUUUCUCUCCAGACUGGAACAGCUGCUGCCAGUUCCCAGCUUCAAACAGGCUGCCCAGUGGCUAGAUACUGAAUCAACAGGGUGGGAGGAUUUAAUACAGAUGAGCUGUGAUCCCACCCUCCUGCUUCCCCUGCUACAAAGUGACUAUCAUGGAAACUUGGAUAGAAAUGGACUCCCAUCUGUCGUGGAGGAAAGAAUCAUCUCAUCUUUGUCUCUUGCUUCUUUGACCGAGGAGGACGUCCCAGGUGAGAGCAAGGCAGAUGAUCGAUCUGAACCAUCCGACAGCAUGGACUGUGCCUCACAGACAGACCAGGAUGUGAUUCAGGACAGUAAGAUAGAUAUUUCAGGCAACGUGGUUGUCACUUCAGAACAAGCCGCGUGUCAUACUGAGACUGAGUGUGAAGACCUGGAAUUACUUCCAAACAGCACACAAGAAGAAUGGGAUUUAAAUGAGAAUGGUGUUGAUGAAAACAGAGAGGAGAUGAAAAAAUCCUCUCAGACAGUAAGUGAGGAUGAAUCAUCAGCAGAGGUUGAAAGCUCUGAGCCAAAUGCAGUGAUCACUGAUCUAGGAACUGUGGGUGAAGGAAGUGCUGAGAAUUUAUUCACUGGAUCUGAGGGAAACGGUGGACAGAUGCUUAAAGUGAUUGUUCCAAAGCAUCUGAUACCUGCAAUUAAACAGAUCAGCCUGCCGUCUGUUUUACUCUCACGCUGCCCGAGCAGUGAACCAGUUCCACUUAAAGUUGUUCCUGCUUCAGGCACCUCGUCCUCCCUGAAUUCAGGUGUUUCAGAAAAUACCAGAAAGUUGAAGCGGAGGCAGCUGAGAGCACAGCAUACUAGUACAGGCAACUACAAAUGUGUAGCCUGUAAAAUGAGCUUUAAAACACAUUUCCAGGCUUCUGUGCACCAGCGUAAAAGGCACAGGAAGUUAAUUUAUUCCUGCCCCAACUGUGAAAAGAGUUUUGAGUCUAUGAAGGCUUGGACGAGACACCGAACAGAACACAAAGAAGAAAAGCCCCAGCGGUGCACUGACUGUGGGGAAGAAUAUGCGAGUCUGCAGGCUCUAGUGGCCCAUUCCAAAACCCAUAACCAUGUGGUGAGCGAGAACAUGCCGACUACUGAGAAAGCGGCACCUCCUCCAAAACCAGCACCAGGAGAGUGUAAAUUUUGCGGGGAGACGUUUUCUCCGAUAGAGCUGAGAACCCACUUAAAAACUCAUCCAGAGUUCCGACCUCACCAGUGUGACCACUGCGGGAGGUGUUUUGCCAACCUGAGCAACUUGUUGGCUCACAUUUCCAACCACACAGGAGAAAAGCCUCACGUCUGCUUAAACUGCGGCAAGAAGUUCUUCAGCAAGUCGCAGCUAAAGUCCCACAUGAAGUCUCAUUCGAAAGAGCGACCAUACUGCUGCUCUUACUGCGGGAAAUGCUUCCACACUGCUGGGAACCUUAACAUCCACACCAGGAUACACACUGGAGAGAAACCCUACACCUGCAUUGAGUGCGGGAAAGCCUUCUGCUCGGCUGGCCGUCUGCAGGUUCACCGCCGAUGCCACACUGGAGAGAAACCUUAUCAAUGUGAUGUGUGCGGAAGAGGAUUCAUCGUGUCCAGUCAUCGCACCAUACACAUGAGGUCACAUACUGGGGUGCGACCUUUCACUUGUGAAAUCUGCGGCAAAACCUUUUCAAGGAGGAACUGCUGGAGCGAACACAUGUACAGUCACACAGACUUAAAACCGUUUCCUUGCCCCGUUUGCUCGAAGAGCUUUAUACGGCGUAGUCAUUUGAAGAGACACAUGCAGAGUCAUAGUGGUGACCAAAGCAAAGCUGUUUAGAAUGAUCGAUCUAUAAAAGUCUACAAACUGCUGUAUAAUUGAUAGCUAUGGAGACUGUUGGCUCCAGAUUAACAUGAAAGUACUACUUUAUAGCAAUAAAUCUAAUUUCUUCUUUAGAAUA